CACAACAUCACUGCAGUCUAAGAGCUGUUUCAUUCCGGAGCGCUGAAUGAAGAAAUCGAAUUCGCCAUGAUUCGGAGGGCGCUGCUUCUCUCUACAGCAAUGCUGUUGCUGAUGCUGGCUGGCACAGAGUGUGCACCUGGGAAGCCACAGGCCAAGAAAAAAGGUCUUCUUAAAUACUGGUGGGAAACAUUCACACCAUAUACAACAACACCAGAUUACCACCAAUCAGCUUCACCACCAAUAACUACAACACCGGAUUUCUACGAAUCAACUCCACCACAAGUAACUACAAUAAAGGAGUGGUAUGAAUCAACUAUACUGCCACGGGGGAACUGCACCAUGGAUGCAAAUCAACCGGUGGUGAGUUCAGGUAUAAUAGAGUCGGAUUCCCAGAAUGGAUCUUACGCCAAUAACUUACGUUUCGUCAAUGAGAUUAAAGUACCCGCAGGUUUGAAAAUUCAAUUCAAAUGGGAGUUCUUUGACGUUGAGGGGCCAAGUCCAAGUUGCCCUUACGACUUUUUCGACAUUACAGACUGCGCAACUGGAAAGACCUUGACCGGAAGGCUUUGUGGCAGUGAGAUUCCAGCGCCCGUCACAAGCCACAGCAACUGGGCCGUGGUGACUUUCAACACCGAUGCUUCAGUGACCUCACGUGGAUACAGGCUGGAAUUUAAAGCCAGAUCAGAUCAAUAUGAAACAACUGUACCACCCUACAUGAGGAGCUGCAGUGUCGAUGCAGGUCGAGUGGUGGCGUCCUCAGGUGUAAUAGGAAUAGGAUCCUUGAAUGGAAACUACAGCAAUAACGAACAUUGUGUCUGGGAGAUCCAGGUGCCCCAGGGGUCCUUCAUUCAUUUCACGUGGGACAACUUUGAUAUCGAGGGUCCUACUCCAGGAUGUCCCUAUGACUACGUCGAUAUCUCAGACUUUGCAACUGGACAGAGCUUGACGGGAAGGAUUUGUGGCAGCUGGAUUCCACCGUCUGUUAUGAGCCACAGUAACUUGGUUGUGGUGACUUUCAUCAGCGAUGGCUCUGUAACCUUGGAGGGAUUCAGGCUUCGAUUUGAGGCUGUGCCAGAUCAAUAUGGAACAACUGUACCACCCUACAUGAGGAGCUGCAGUGUCAAUGCAGGUCGAGUGGUAGCGUCCUCAGGUGUAAUAGGAAUAGGAUCCCUGAAUGGAAACUACAGCAAUAACGAACAGUGUGUCUGGGAGAUCCAGGUGCCCCAGGGGUCCUUCAUUCAUUUCACGUGGGACUUCUUUGAUAUUGAGGGUCCUAGUCCGGGAUGUCCCUACGACUACAUCAAAAUUUCAGACUACGCAACUGGACAGAGCUUGACGGGAAGGAUUUGUGGCAGCUGGAUUCCACCGUCUGUUACAAGCAGCAGUAACUUGGCUGUGGUGACUUUCAUCAGCGAUAGUGUAAUAACCUUACAUGGAUUCAGGCUUCGAUUUGAGGCUGUGCCAGAUCAGUAUGAAACAACUGUACCACCCUACACGAUGAGCUGCAGUGUCGAUGCAGGUCGAGUGAUGGCGUCCUCAGGUGUCAUAGGAAUAGGAUCCCUGAAUGGAAACUACAGCAAUAACGAACAGUGUGUCUGGGAGAUCCAGGUGCCCCAGGGGUCUGUCAUUCAUUUCUCGUGGGACUACUUGGAUGUGGAGAGUUCGAGUUCCGGAUGUCACUUCGACUACGUCAUAAUCUCAGACAAUGCAACUGGACACAGCUUGACGAGAGUGUUUUGUGGCAGCUGGAUUCCAUCGUCUUUUACAAGCAGCAGUAACUUGGCUGUGGUGACUUUCCUCAGCGAUGGCUCUGUAACCUUGGAAGGAUUCAGGCUUCGAUUUGAGGCUGUGCCAGAUCAGUAUGAAACAACUGUACCAUCAACGGAUUGGGAUGUACCAACUCAGCCACCCUACAUGAGGAGCUGCAGUUUCGAUGCAGGUCAAGUGGUGGCGUCCGCAGGUUUAAUAGCAAUAGGAUCCCUAAACGGAAACUACAGAAAUAACGAACAGUGUGUCUGGGAGAUCCAGGUCCCCCAGGGGUCCUUCAUUCAUUUCACGUGGGACUUCUUUGAUAUCGAGGGUCCUAGUCCGGGAUGUCCCUACGACUACGUCGAUAUCUCAGACUUUGCAACUGGACAGAGCUUAACGGGAAGGAUUUGUGGCAGCUGGAUUCCACCGUCUGUUACAAGCAGCAGUAACUUGGCUGUGGUGACUUUCAUCAGCGAUGACAUUAUAACCUUGGAAGGAUUCAGGCUUCGAUUUGAGGCUGUGUCAGAUCAAAAUGAAACAACUGUACCAUCAACGGAUUGGGAUGUACCAACUCAGCCACCCUACAUGAGGAGAUGCAGUGUCGAUGCAGGUCGAGUGCUGGCGUCCUCAGGUGUCAUAGGAAUAGGAUCCCAGAAUGGAAACUACAGCAAUAACGAACAGUGUGUCUGGGAGAUCCAGGUGCCCCAGGGGUCCUUCAUUCAUUUCACGUGGGACUUCUUUGAUAUCGAGGGUCCUAGUCCGGGAUGUCCCUGGGACUAUGUCGAUAUCUCAGACUUUGCAACUGGACAGAGCUUGACGGGAAGGAUUUGUGGCAGCUGGAUUCCACCGUCUGUUACGAGCAGCAGUAACUUGGUUGUGGUGACUUUCAUCAGCGAUGGCUCUGUAACCUUGGAAGGAUUCAGGCUUCGAUUUGAGGCUGUGCCAGAUCAAUAUGUAACAACUGUACCACCAGAGACAACGGAUUGGGAUGUACCAACUCAGCCACCCUACAUGAGGAGCUGCAGUGUCGAUGCAGGUCGAGUUGUGGCGUCCUCAGGUGUAAUAGGAAUAGGAUCUCAGAAUGGAAACUAUAGCAAUAACGAACAGUGCGUCUGGGAGAUCCAGGUGCCCCAGGGGUCCUUCAUUCAUUUCACGUGGGACUACUUGGAUGUGGAGAGUUCGAGCUCCGGAUGUCUUUACGACUACGUUGAUAUCUCAGACUAUGCAACUGGACACCGCUUGACGGGAAGGAUUUGUGGCAGCUGGAUUCCACCGUCUGUUAUGAGCCACAGUAACUUGGUUGUGGUGACUUUCAUCAGCGAUGGCUCUGUAACCUUGGAGGGAUUCAGGCUUCGAUUUGAGGCUGUGCCAGAUCAAUAUGAAACAACUGUACCAUCAACGGAUUGGGAUGUAACAACUCAGCCACCCUACAUGAGGAGAUGUAGUGUCGAUGCAGGUCGAGUGGUGGCGUCCUCAGGUGUCAUAGGAAUAGGAUCCCUGAAUGGAAACUACAACAAUAACGACUAUUGUGUGUGGGAGAUCCAGGUGCCCCAGGGGUCCUUCAUCCAUUUCACGUGGGACUUCUUUGAUAUCGAGGGUCCUAGUCCGGGAUGUCCCUACGACUACGUCGAAAUCUCAGACCAUGCAACUGGACACAGCUUGACGAGAGUGUUUUGUGGCAGCGUGAUUCCACCGUCUGUUACAACCAACAGUAACUUGGCUUUGGUGACUUUCAUCAGCGAUCGCUCUGUGACCAUGCAAGGAUUCAGGCUUCGAUUUGAGGCUGUGCCAGGGACAGCAACACCCGAUUGGUAUGAAACAACCACUCCACCAGGGACAAGAACACCCGACUGGUAUGAAACAACCACUCCACCAGGGACAAGAACACCCGAUUGGUAUGAAACAACUCAACUGAACACCUGCAGCGUCAAUGCAGGUCGAGUGGUGGGGUCCUCAGGUGCAAUAGGAGUAGGAUCCCCGUAUGCAUAUUACGGCAAUAAUGAAAACUGUGUGUGGGAGAUCGAGGUGCCCCAGGGGUCCUUCAUCCAAUUCACAUGGGACUACUUUGACCUCGAGGGUUCCAGACCCUCGUGUCCAUACGACCACGUCGAUAUCUCGGACUAUGCAACUGGACAGAGCUUGACGGGAAGGCUUUGUGGCAGCGUGAUUCCACCGUCUGUUACAACCAACAGUAACUUGGCUUUGGUGACUUUCAUCAGCGACUAUUAUGUAACCAGGCCAGGAUUCAGGCUUCGAGGACAGCAACACCCGAUUGGUAUGAAACAACCACUCCACCAGGGACAAGAACACCCGAUUGGUAUGAAACAACCACUCCACCAGGGACAAGAACACCCAGACUGGUAUGAAACAACCACUCCACCAGGGACAAGAACACCCGAUUGGUAUGAAACAACUCAACUGAACACCUGCAGCGUCAAUGCAGGUCGAGUGGUGGGUUCCUCAGGUGCAAUAGGAGUAGGAUCCCCGUAUGCAUAUUACGGCAAUAAUGAAAACUGUGUGUGGGAGAUCGAGGUGCCCCAGGGGUCCUUCAUCCAAUUCACAUGGGACUACUUUGACCUGGAGGGUUCCAGACCCUGGUGUCCAUUCGACCACGUCGAUAUCUCGGACUAUGCAACUGGACAGAGCUUGACGGGAAGGCUUUGUGGCAGCGUGAUUCCACCGUCUGUUACAACCAACAGUAACUUGGCUUUGGUGACUUUCAUCAGCGACCAUUAUGUAACCAGGCCAGGAUUCAGGCUUCGAUUUGAAGCUGUGCCAGGGACAGCAACACCCAACUGGUAUGAAACAACCACUCCACCAGGGACAAGAACACCCGAUUGGUAUGAAACAACCACUCCACCAGGGACAAGAACACCCGAUUUGUAUGAAACAACCACUCCACCAGGGACAAGAACACCCGACUGGUAUGAAACAACCACUCCACCAGGGACAAGAACACCCGAUUGGUAUGAAACAACCCAACUGAACACCUGCAGCGUUGAUGCAGAUUCCCUUCCAUCAGGUCGAGUGGUGGGGUCCUCAGGUGCAAUAGGAGUAGGAUCCCAGAGUGGGUCCUACGGCAAUAAUGAAAACUGUGUGUGGGAGAUCGAGGUGCCCCAGGGGUCCUUCAUCCAAUUCAGAUGGGACUACUUUGACCUCGAGGGUUCCAGACCCUGGUGUCCAUACGACCACGUCGAUAUCUCGGACUAUGCAACUGGACAGAGCUUGACGGGAAGGCUUUGUGGCAGCGUGAUUCCACCGUCUGUUACAACCAACAGUAACUUGGCUUUGGUGACUUUCAUCAGCGAUGGCUCUGUGACCAGGCCAGGAUUCAGGCUUCGAUUUGAGGCUGUGCCAGUCUUCCAGGGAAGGCUUUGUGGCAGCGUGAUUCCACCGUCUGUUACAACCAACAGUAACUUGGCUUUGGUGACUUUCAUCAGCGAUCGCUCUGUGACCAGGUCAGGAUUCAGGCUUCGAUUUGAAGCUGUGCCAGCAGUGACAGCAACAACAGACCAUUAUGAAACAACUGGACCACCAGUGGCAACAACAACGGACUGGUAUGAACCAACUACCACAGAUGAAGGACUGCAUUGUUGACACAGGUAAUGCCGAACAAUAAGGCGUCACUGAGCAGCUACUGACUGGAAAAACACUGACGAAAACAACCAGCAAGAAAAACCUUGGAAAACGAACAAUUUUGUGAUAAAACAUCUAAAGGAGACCUUUCAUUACUGCAAGAGAUAUCUAAAAUUACAUUACUGUCAAUGGAUUCCCGAAAUAACUGAGGUAGACGACCAACUUUUUU